AUAGUCGGAAUUAUUUUGUUGAAGGAUUCACGAGACGACGGUAACGUGUCUCCGUGCGGGUCGAAAUGUGCAAAGAUUAAAGCCAUUUUCACGCUAGAAGUCCCCGACGACGCGACGUAAGAAAUGGCUUCCGCGAGCUUUGGCGCGUGUGUCCUCUGUAGGAGGGCGGCGGUGAAGAUAAGCAGCAGGGGAAUGAGCGCGGCGGCAGGCGCACAGUCCCAGGGGGAUUUCCUGAGCGGAGAACCACACAGGAAGCACCCGGGUGUGACCAACCUGAAAACCCUGCGCCUGCCCGACGAACUCCAGGCGGCCGCACGGACGAUCAUCAACAGAGCUCCGGUGACUCAGCUGACCGACCGCUCGCGAACCCUCGCCAACUUCCUGUGGAGCAGAAAAAGAGCCGUCGAGGAUUGGACGCUGAGGCGGAAAGCUGUGAGCCUGGAGAAAGAACUGUGGGAUGAAGCCAAGGAGAAGAGAGGAGAUAUGGAUGAACAGUUACUGGAAGAACGCAUCAGGAAGAAAGUGUUUUCAGAGCUGAGAAAAACGACAUAUCACUGGACUCCCAUGAAGUAUGAUGAAGAGUUAGCCGUGGUCUACAUGGCGGCUCGGCUGGCCGGGGGCUACGCCGCAGUGAGGAGAGCUAUAAAUGAAAUCAAAAAGCGGGAUCCCUCUUUUGCCCCCAAGUCUCUCCUGGACUUUGGAUCGGGGCUGGGAACAGUUGUCUGGGCGUCGCACUCGUGCUGGGGCGACACUUUGAAGGAGAUGGUGUGUGUGGACAGCUCCGGGCCCAUGAACGUCCUGGCUGAACGACUUCUUAAAGGCGAUGAAGAAAGAGCUGAACCUCACAUCAAACAAGUCUAUUUCAGACAGUUCCUCCCCGUCUCCCCUAAGGUGCAGUUUGACUUGGUGGCGGCGGCCUUCACCCUGUCGGAGCUCCUGAGCGUGAAGGACCGCGAAGAGGCGGUGCUGACUCUGUGGAGAAAGACGGGCUCGUACCUGGUUCUGGUGGAAAAUGGGACUAAAGAAGGCCACCAGAUGCUCAUGGAGGCCAGAGACGCUGUAUUAAAGAAACUAGAUAAGACGGUGCAUGACAGCAGGCCAGCGUCGGUGUUCGCUCCGUGUCCUCACGACCUGUCAUGUCCUAAACUGACCGUCGGACCCACCGCACCCUGCAACUUCCAGCAGAUGUACCACCCUCUGCCUCUACCGGGGCACAAGGAGCGGCAGACGGAGAAGUUCAGCUACCUCAUCCUGACUCGCGCGCGGCCGGCGCAGGCGGACGGCGCGGACUGGGCCAGGCUGAUCGCACCGGUGCAGCGCAGGACGCGACACGUCCACUGCCGCGCCUGCUGCUCCGACGGGCGACUGCAGCACCUGGUGGUGACGGCGCGAAAGCACAGCCGGUAACAGCUCAGCGGCAUUACAGCGCGUAGAAGGGACGUGUACCGCUGCGCCCGGAGCAGCGACUGGGGAGAUCAACUUCCCACCGCGCCGAGAGGCGACGACGACCAGAGUGAUUCAGAGUGACGAUUCAACGAUAAAGAGACAUUUAUGUGGACUUUUGAGACGCCGUAAAAACUGCCCACUCGGCGUCGUUUUUAAUUCAGCAGAACUGUUAAGAUACUAAUUUGUCAACCUCUGAUCACUCCAAUAAAAAGUCGUAACAUAAGUUCUUUAA